GGAGGGGAAGAGAUAAGUGAUCUAAAGGGGAGACGAUAGGACAAAAAAGUGAUGAUGAUGAUGAAUACAUUGGAAAGUUUUUUGGCCCCGGCGAGGGUGUCAGAUUGAAUGGCCUGUGCGCAUGUGCGAAGGUGUCCAAACUGACAAUGCUGGUGAGAUGAAGAUAGUGUUGUUGCUGCUUCUGGGCUCACGGAGGACGACGAGAGGAAUCUACAAGCCGACAAGAUGAGAUCCAAGGCGAGGGCGAGAAAACUGGCCAAAAAUGACAGUGAGCCAGUGGACAGCAUGUACGACACAGAGAGUGACCUCGCGGGUUUAGCGGCCAGCAGUGGAGGCGGUGCCGACAGCCCAGAAGAUGAUGCAGAAGAUGGCGUCAUCAACAUGUCCCCGCUGCCCUCUCCCACUCCCUCCCAUCCAAACAGCAACCACCACCACCUGCUGCACCCCCACAUGUUUGCCACCCACCACCACCAUCACCACAACAACAACAGCAACAGCAGCAGCAAUGACCAGGACUUUACCACGCCCAAGGAGGGCUCGCCGUACGAGGCACCCGUCUACAUUCCUGACGACAUUCCCAUUCCCAGCGACCUGGAGCUGCGGGAGUCCUCUGUGCCUGGUGCAGGCCUGGGCGUAUGGGCCAAGUCCCACAUUCAUGCUGGCGAGCGGUUUGGUCUGCACAACUCUCUGCACCAUGGGGCCACAGGCAAAGACAGCUCCUUUGGAUGGGAGCAGAUGAUGAAUGACCAUGAGGACGCCUCACCUGACAGCUGCGUCAAAAAGGUGGUGGACGACAUGGGAAACGUCAAGUUUGCACUGGACACAGGCCCGGACGCCAUCAGCAACAGCUGGCUCAAAUACAUCCGCUGUGCCCCUUCAUUUGAGGAGCAGAACCUCAGCGCCUGUCACCUCACUGGAGACCAGAUUUAUUAUAAAGCUGUGCGGGACAUUGAAGCAGGGGAGGAGCUUUUAGUGUAUAUGAAGGACGGCAUUUUCCCCGAGGGAUCCAUGGCACCAAACCUACAAGACGAGCAGAUGUACCGCUGUGAAGACUGCGAUGAGCUCUUCUCCUCGACACUUGACCUACGGCGGCACCAGAAGUAUUCAUGCACCAGCGCGGGCUCCAUCUUUGACUCACUGAGAGAGGAUUUCAAACAGGAGCGCGAGGACAGCGACGAGCCCGUCCACGAGUGUAAAGACUGUGAGAAGAUCUUCCCAAAUGAGUACAGUCUGGGCCAACAUAUGAUAGUCCAUACAGAAGAGAGGGAAUACAAGUGUGACCAGUGUCCGAAAGCCUUUAACUGGAAGUCCAACCUCAUCCGUCACCAGAUGUCACAUGAUAGUGGAAAGCGCUUUGAGUGUGAAAACUGUGAUAAGGUGUUCACAGAUCCCAGCAACCUUCAGCGCCACAUCCGCUCGCAGCACGUGGGGGCACGUGCACACACAUGUCCUGAGUGUGGCAAGACAUUUGCCACCUCGUCAGGCCUCAAGCAGCAUAAGCACAUCCACAGCAGUGUCAAACCCUUUAUCUGCGAGGUGUGCCACAAAUCCUACACCCAGUUCUCCAACCUCUGCCGCCACAAGCGCAUGCAUGCUGACUGCCGCACCCAGAUCAAGUGUAAGGACUGUGGGCAAUUGUUCAGCACUACCUCCUCCCUUAACAAGCACCGCCGCUUCUGUGAGGGCAAAAAUCAUUAUGGGUCUCCUGGAGGGAUGUUCAACCCUGGCAUCCCCAUGAGCUCCAGCCCAAUCCUGGCAAAGGCAAAGUCCCAUCACCCUCACCUUCCAGGUCUAAACCAGUCAGGUUUGGGAUUCGCUGACUACUUUCCCUCCCGACCUCACCAUCACACUGGCUUACCCUUUUCCCCAGGACCCCACGGCUUCCCAUCCCUCCCACAUGGUUUCCCAGGUAUCUUUCCACCAUCACUGUAUCCGCGACCACCUUUAUUGCCGGCUAGUCCAUUGAUAAAGAGCCCAUUGGGAAGCAGCAGUCAAGAGGUGAAGCUGCCUCGGAGUCCCCUAGAUGCACCUCCAAUGUCCCUGGUUAGCUCAACAAACAGCAAUGGAGGUAAUAGUAUGAGUCAGGCAGAAGAGAAGGAGAAAGAGAACAAACUGGAUUUGUCAUCUAGCGGAGAAGUCAAGCCAAAAUCUAAGAUGGUAGACAUGUCUGACGGUAGUGACCUUGAAGAUGUUAACACCACAAGUGGGACAGAUUUGGACACCACCACUGGUACUGCUUCAGGUGAUGGUUCUGACCUAGAGAGCGAUGGCGACAGUGAACGCGAGAGAAGUGGUAAAAGACGAAAACCAUCUGGAGCCAUAUUAAGUCAAGAAGGCCACCAGUUAGAAGACACAACUAGUGCUUUGAUAUCAGCUGUGUCUAGUUCUGGAAACAUCGCAAUUGAUCGUCCAUUCUUCUCUUCAGCACCAUCCCAACACUCCUUCUUCCCUCCCCCUGAUGAGCAAGCCCUCCCUCCCUCCACUACAAAUGCUAAUGUGGUCACGACAGAUUCUAUCAAAGCCAUUGCUUCUAUUGCUGAGAAAUAUUUCGGUCCAGGUUUGAUUGGUCUUCAUCAGGAGAAGAAGAUGGGUCCAUUGCCCUACAAUUCCAUGUUUCCUUUCCAGUUCCUACCUAACUUCCAUAACUCCCUCUAUCCCUUCAGCGCCGAUCGAGGUGCCCUCAACCCUAGUAUGUUCUUUAAGGCAGAGCCCAAGUCACCUCACGAGCAUCUUCACAAGAUAGUUUCUGGGGCUCCAGGCACUCCUGUCUCCACAGCGGAGUCACCGUUUGAUCUCACCACAAAAUCCAAGGAGACCAAGUCAUCUCUUCCCACCCCACCAAACCCCUCACACCCCAACAGUAGCACUGGGAGCAGUAGUGGACCUUUAGCAAUAUCAAGUGGUGAGGAGCAACCUUUGGACCUCAGCAUUGGCAGUCGGAGCCGAGGUGGUCAUAAUGGCGUGGCAGGUGAGCCACAAAGUCGAAAGAACCACAUGUAUGGAGUCGGGAAGGGGGCCUUCAUCAAGGAUGAAACCCCAGCUGGUUUCCCACACCCCCAGUCCCAGUCAGUGCACCAUUCCUCCAUGCAGCACCAGCAGCCCCAGGCACAGCCGCAUCAGCAACAUCAACCACCACCCCUACACUAUGCCAAGCCCUCAGCAUUCUUCAUGGACCCCAUAUACAGGGUGGAAAAGAGGAAGCUACUUGACCCUGUCGGAGCUCUGAAAGAAAAGUUCCUCAGGCCGUCACCGCCACUCUUCCAUCCACAGAUGUCAGCCAUGGAGACAAUGACAGAGAAACUGGAGAGCUUUGGCGCAUUAAAACUUGAUGCACCGCCCAAUUCACUGCAACAUUCAUCUCAUCCACUGUUCAACUUCCGCUCGCCACCACCUUCUCUCUCAGACGCCAUCCUCCGCAAGGGCAAGGAGCGCUACGCCUGCAGGUACUGUGGGAAAAUCUUCCCUCGUUCAGCAAACCUCACCAGGCACUUGCGGACACACACAGGGGAGCAACCCUACAGGUGUAAAUACUGUGACCGCUCGUUCAGCAUCUCAUCCAAUCUCCAACGUCACGUCCGCAACAUCCAUAACAAGGAGAAACCCUUCAAGUGUCACCUGUGCAACCGCUGCUUUGGUCAGCAAACCAACCUUGACCGCCAUCUCAAAAAGCAUGAGCACGAAAACAUUCCUGUGAGCCAACAGUCCGGGAUGCUUUCCAACCUAGGAACCACGAUCUCCUCGCCAAACUCGGAGCCAGACAAUCAUGCACUUUUAGACGAGAAGGAGGACUCGUACUUCUCAGAAAUCCGCAACUUUAUUUCCAACAGUGAGAUGAACCAGGCCUCCAGCUCCAUGGAUAAGAGGUCAGAUCAGGCUGAGGAAGAACGUCCACCAAACCACAGUUUGUCUAACUCCAAGCUCGGGCUCCAGGUGCUGGAGGAAGAGGAAGAGGAAGUGGAGGGUGACGAUGAGGAGGAGGAGGAAGGCAGUCUGACAGAGAAGUCUCACGACGAGGCGCCCGAGUCCCCGUCUCCUGUCACGACAGGAGUGUAUGAAGAGGAGGAGGAAGAAGAAGAGAUGGAGACGGCUCCGUUGGCUAUGAGCUAUGAACACACGCGCAGGUAA